GAUCUACCAGUUUUUCAGGGCUGUGAGUCAUCUCAGCUACUUAGUAGUAGGUGUGAAAGAGUAACUUCACACUUUAAAUUUACUAAACUGUUAAUUUACAUUCACUACGUUAAAGAACUUUUGAAAGGGAUUUACUGUUAUCAAAUGCAAAUUUUUGAUUUGAAGAAGUUAGAUGUUAAAAUUAAAACAGGUAAUGCUGAUUCAAGAAAUAUAGAAAGUGUAUUGUACAGAUUGCUUCAUCAACAGUUAAAAGGAGCAAACAGGGUGAGAAAAAAGAGAAGCUGCAGCUUAAUGCAGACAGGAUAACAUAAUUCUAAAAACUAUAAAGGUGCUCGAAAAUGCUUUGAUAAAUCUAUAUGAUGAAAUGUUCUGCUGAAAUUCUGUUAUAGUGAAUGUCAUCUACAAAAACACAGUUUAGUUCAAACAGUGAAAGUAUGGAGCAGAGAUGAAGUAACUGUCACAGACACAAGAGGAAACGCUUAAGGAAGUACCUACCCAAAACGUGCUUUUCUGAGUGCUGAAACUGAGGCCUCCGCACAAAUUCAAGGACAUUCAGAAGUCACACAUUCACAGUGGCCUUUGUCACAGUUCUACCAGCAGCAUGACAAAGCGAACGACAUUAGCAGUACUGCUGAGGGAUGUCUACCAGUGAAGAUGCGGAUGGCUCUGUGGGUGACCAGUGAGAAAAUUAAUGUAAUAAGUUCUCUUGUGAAAUACUGCCUGGUUCUGAGUGGGCUAAGAACAUGAGCCGUUCUGAAAGCUAAGCUGAGCUCAAACUCCAUCCAGAGAAGAACAAUGUUGAACUCAUCCAGCCUGGAGUACGUAGCUGAACAGUGUAAGAACCAAACACAGGGACAUGAAAGGUUCAUUUUUGUUGUAGUGUAUGCUCUCGUCUUCGUCUCUGGGCUCAUCCUCAACUUUAUGGCGCUUAUAGUAUUCUUCUUCCAAACCAAGUCACGCUCACACACCAUUAUCUACAUGACCAACCUUGCUUUAGCGGACCUUCUUCUAGUUUGCACUCUGCCAUUAAGGAUCUAUCAUUAUUUCCACAAGCUACCACAAAAGACCUGUGAAAUUGCUGGGCUUAUAUUGUUAGUCAACAUGUAUGGAAGCAUCUUUCUGCUCACCUGCGUUAGCCUUGACCGUUGCUUGGCCGUCUGCUUCCCUAUGUCGUCCCGAGUGCGUGAAGGCCGCAAAAAGGCGCCACUGGUGUGCGUAGGGAUUUGGAUGCUAACCAUAGGAGCUAGCCUGCCCAUGUACCUGGCUGGAGGGAAAAAUAAAAUAAACAAGACAGGACAAGAGCAUUGUUUCAGAAGCUUUCCCUAUUAUGCCAUACAAACACCUGCCAUGACCUCUUCCAUAGUCAUAGGAUUUGGGAUCCCACUGGUUAUCAUGGUUCUCUGUUCCUGGGGACUUGUUCAGGCUAUCAGGAAAAGCGCUGCUGCACAGACAGAUGGCUUAGUCAACAGCCGCAAGAUCCAGAAGAUGAUUAGCACGAACCUGGCCAUCUUUCUGCUCUGCUUUCUGCCAUAUCAUCUCAUGCUGGCUGUGCUAUACUCCUACAAUAAGCACACGAAAAGCAUGCCAUGUGCAGUGAUAUCUGCCUACCAAUACAGUCUGAUGACAGCCUGCCUGAACGCCGCUCUGGAUCCACUGGCUUACUACUUCACCACAGAGACAUUCCGCAAAAACGUCGACAUUGAUUUUGUUUGGAGGAUGUGGCCCAUGAACAGCCAUAGCUCUGAUGGAACCCGUUCCAGAGCGCCUCUCAAUACCUGAAGUUAUCUAGCGGGUUGUCUAGCGGGUGCUAAAAUUACUGCCCACAAACAGUUGCAUCAUAAUCAUGAACUUGAGAAAUACUUUGUCAGUGUCCUGUUUUCACAACAGCAAAAAGUUCCACUAACUCAAAACAGACAGUUUUGCCAGAUUUUCUUGUACUACACACUUGCAAAAGGUGUUUUAGUAGUGAAGAGUUCUGUAGUGAAGAAAUGCUUCUACAUAGAACCAUGAACGUUUAAAGAAUGUUUUGUAUAAAUAAAAGGUUUUUUGCAUGAUGGAAAAACCUGAACCUUGUUAACAACCUUGUUACUACAUUGAAGCAACAAUAUAUAGCAUGUUUUUGGUGCUAUAUAUACGCUUUUCUAAAAGCUUGCAUCAUAUAGAACCAUUUAUAGCACAUUCUCCAUCAAUCUGAAGAAUUCCACCAAAAUAUUUCACCAUGCAAAGAACCGUUUAAUCAUAAGAAACUAUACAGAACCAUUUCUUUACUAAAGAACACUUAAAGAACAAUCUUUUUACAGAGUGUAUGUGAAACAGUCACCUUAAAUUUUAGGCCCUCAAAAUUUUGGAAUUCUGCCAUCAGCCAAACAAUGUGGGAUAAUGUUAUACACUGAUAUAUGGGAAAUAAAGCCGAUGUUGCAAAGAUCAUUCAUGACAACAUGUAACUACAUGCAAUGCUACACAUUUUGUUGUUUUCUGUUUUAGCAGUAGUGUGCAAAAUGUACAUCUAGUACAAUGAUCAGUUUCAUAAUACAGCGUGAUUUCCGCUGGCACUGCGUACAUUUUAUCUUGACUCCGUGGAAGAUGAUUCAUAAGGAAAGUUCAGUUAAAGCUAACAAUGAUUAGUGACCACUUUAGCAUGCUACACAAAAUCUGCGUCACUGAUGGUAUGAUACAUCAUAACCACAUCCAGCAAUAUGGUAGAGAAACGGGAAGAGAAGCUAUAAUGUGAGCUUUUAUAUGUGAAGCUUAUAUAUGUGAGCUUUUUCUUUUCCAAAGCAACAUCAUGCCAUUAAUGACUGUAUAGAGACUGCACCCCACUGCUUCUAAACAUCACAGCAGCAUUAUUUACUCUGAAGUGAUUUUUGAGUUGAGGUUCUUUUAAAAAAUACUAUGCAUUCAUCUGGGAAUUACUGAGAGUAAUAGAGGAACUAGUCCAUUUAUGUCACCACAAACAUCUUUCCUGUGGCCUCCUCAUUGACAGAAAUAUACAUGGCCAGCAAAGAAAUAUCACAUUCAGAAUUGCCCUACUCAGGUCACCUGCAAGAGGAGCAGAUGCAGAUUGGGCAGUGGUUUUUCAGAAGAGGAACCUGUUCACCAAGCUUGCUCACGUUUAUGUGGUUUAUGUAGGAAGUGAACAUACACGGAGGACGUAAAAUGAAUGUUACAAUGAUUGUACAUUAGCAAGCAGUCGGCUGCCAUGGAUUUUGACCUUUCUUAUGGGUGGUUUUGAACCCAAACAAAGGAGAAAUAAAACAUGUUUUAAUUGUAUUUGUCUAAAAUCAUUAUUAUUACAUUUACCCUAUUGCAGUGUUAUAUAUUUGCUUUCUCUUGUUGCACUUUUCACCUCUUUCCUCAGCCUGGAUGCAAAUGGUGUUAACCUCACAACUCAAUACCAAUUGUGUAGCAAAAAAUGAAAACCUUUUAUUAUUAUUAUGUUUGGUGUUUGUGUGGUGCUUCCUGGCAGGGAACUUGUUUUGCUGGUAAAAGCAAGACCACUUAAAAGCAGCAUGAUUUUAUAUAAAAAGUAGAGUUCACGUGGGUAAAACAAUAACCUCUUCUUUGUAGAGAUAACUCUUCUUUGUUAUCUUGAUGAUGUUUAUCGUCACUGUCCAAAAAAAUAAAUAAAUAAGUAGUAGCAUG